GAGAAUUAUUUUUAGUUUGUUUUCGCCUCUCGGUUCGCACAGUUUACAUUCGACGGCAAUCCGUUGGUUUUUCGGUUCAUUUUAGUUCACUUCACUUCACUUCAAUUCCGUUCAGUUCGGUUCGAUUUUGUUUUGAUUUCGCUACUGCUGCUCUCCGUUCUUUUUCAUCGAAUCGAUUUCGACUUUCGUUUUUUUUUCCUGCGUUGGUACGACUCAUUCUGCUCUUUAUAAAGUUAGUAUGCGAUCAAGUGGAUUAUGCAUGUAGCACCUGGAUUGGUGCUUUCAAUAGUUCCAGAAUGAGCACCUAACCCAAAGAUAUUAGGCAGCCAUGCCAAUGCAGCAAAUCCGUCCCGUGAGCACCUACGAUAACUUGGGUUCCCAGCAGUCGAGGCACCUGGAAUCCGGAAUGUAUGAGCCGGAAUUGCAGCCGGACUUGGAACCGGAAACGGAACUCAAUACCAGCCACAGCAUAGCGGCUGUGAAGGCGGCUCUAAACGAUGCCAAGUCAAAAUUCUUUGGCAUCAACAACUAUGAGUCACCGGCGGUCAACAAAAGUGCUGUUCAAGUGCUGCCGGUUGUCAAGCCGGAACCGAAGUACCAAAAUGUACCACAACGAGAUGAAAAACCGGAGAUUACUGCUUCGGAACCUCCCUCGAUUCCGUCCGGAGAUCUAACCAUUAUCGGUGGUCCAAAUCGGGCACUUCGCUAUGCAACCACCUACGAACAGAUUCCCCUCAGCGAUUUGGAGCCCCCUCAAGCAUCGCAGGCCGUCUACAUGAGCACCACGGUUCCGCAAAACAUGAAAGGCAUGAAGAUCGCCGGCCGACAUACGCCAACGAGAAAUAGCUUGCGGCACAGCCGAAUGAUCGUUGUCAAUCACAAAAACAACGACACUCUCCAAGAGACUUACAUCAGGAACCUGAAUAUUUCGCGGCAACUCCUAAUUAUGCAGCUAGCUGUUGGCGUUCUGAUCGUCGGACUUGCCGCUUGGAUACUUAUUUUAGCGCCAAAUGCAUCGAUAUUAAUCAAUCCUUAUCUAAGUGGCUUAUCGCUUUUAUUGGCUAGUGUUGCGGGUCUCUUCCUGCUGCGAAGGGACCACAAAAUAGAGCACAGGCCAAGGAACAAUUGCUACAAGGUCCUUCUGGCCGAGUCCUACGUUUUCACCGGCUUGGCAUUGGUUUUCUGCUGUUUGGCCCUCGUUUGUGCGGCAAUCGAGUUCGCCGAGCUGAAUCGAUCGAAUGCGAAUGGUGAAUGCUUCCCAACAUCCAGUUCACUUCUUAACUACCACAAUUGCACCUGCUUUUUGGCGGAAGAGGUUGAGAAUGGGAACAUCGCCUCCGAUAAUCAAAUAGCUUCUGAAUUAAGCGAGGAGUCAUCGCAAAACGACGGAUGUGCAGUGCUUCGGAUUGAAUGGAAGUAUCUUCUCGCCGUUUCGAUGGCGCUCAACACUUUGGGCAUUGUUGCAACAUUCUUAUACAUAACGCUGUUUAUUUGUUGCCACCGCAACAGGGAGCUCUUUUACACGUCUGUGUAAGGGAGCUUACUUAAUUUAUGCUACUUAAAUUAUUUUAGUAACUACAGAAAACAAACACAAAUAAAUAAUUUAUUAAUAAUAAUACUA